UUUAAACCAAUUGGUUAAAACCAAUAUAAUUUUCUUGCUGACCUAAAUUGGCUUGUCAAGGUAGUAGGUGGACUUUAAUUUCAAUUUAAACCACCUUCAAAUGUUUUACAGUGUACCUACUUCUAUGUUCCUGCAGGAUCAUUUGUAAUGACAGUGACAGCAGUGGAUAAGGAUGACCCAAAAAUGGCCAAUGGAAUGUUGCGGUACAAGAUACUUUCUCAGAAUCCCCAAAGCCCAUCAUAUAAUAUGUUUACCAUAAACAACAGGACUGGUGACAUCAUCACUGUUGCUGCAGGCCUGGAUCGGGAGAAAGUCCCUCAGUACACCCUGAUCAUCCAGGCCACUGACAUGGAGGGAAACCCCACCUACGGCCUUUCCAACACUGCCACCACUGUCAUCAGGAUCACUGACGUCAACGACAAUCCUCCUGAGUUCACCACAGACGCAUUCUUUGGUGAAGUUCAUGAGAACAGGGUGAAUGUAAUUGUUGCUAACCUGACCGUGACAGAUAAAGACCAGCCGCAUACGCCGGCCUGGAGCACAGUGUACCGGAUCAUUGCUGGAGACCCCACAGAGCACUUCUCCAUCCCCACUGACCCCACCACUAAUGAGGGCUUAAUCACUGUGGUCAAGCCGGUAGAUUUUGAGUUGACCCGUUCAUACAUGCUAACCGUGGAGGCAGAAAAUGAAAUCCCAUUGGCCCGCGGCAUCCACAUCCCUCGUCAGUCCACAGCAACUGUAUCUGUGAGAAUCUUGGACAUCAACGAGAGUCCAGAGUUCAGCCCCAACCCCAAGACUAUUAAACUGGAAGAAGGUUUGCCGGCGGGAUCUUUGCUCACAACUUUCACUGCCCAGGACCCUGACCGCUUCAUGAGGCAGACUAUCAGGUAAGAAACCACAAAGUAGUAAAUAUGUAUUGCAUUAUACUAUGAAAGACCAAAUAAAAUGUACUAGUUGAAUGAGUAACACCAACUGGGUGAAAAAUUAAUAAAUACAUGGAUAUUUCAAGUCACUAUAAAUAAAUCAGUCUAAAAAAAAAAAACAAAGAUA